UCUUUUUACUCAAUUUAUAGGCUGUAUUGUCUAGAUUGGGUUCUUGCCUCAAAUAUGUACAUAUUUGAUGACACAUGUUAGAAGUCACAAGGUGAUAAUCUGAGGGAACAUCAUAUUACUGCAGAUUCUAUCAUAACUUCUUGUUUUCCUUGACUUUUCAUGUCAGUGAUGGCUCACUCAACAGCAUGUUCAAUGCUGCUUGAUAUGCAGAAUAAUGUCUUGUACCUUGUAUGUAUUAUAAAAUGCUUACAAUUGAAUAGCUACUAGGAACCAUUCACUUGCUAUGGUAUAGCUAGUUUGGUAUUAUUAGCUUUUAGUGUUUCAUCAUUUGGCUUUCUUAAUUGCUACAUAUAAUUAUUGUUGUCUUCCACGUGGAAUCAAAUGUUUUACAAUGCAUAUCUGUUUUGACAAAUUGUACAAUUUUUUAAAUUUUUGCCUCUGGUGUUUUUAAGGAUAUUGAAGCCUAUAUUUUAUUAAGUAGCAAUAAUAAGCCGCUGUGUUAUUCUUCUCCUAAAACAAGCUCGGAUUUGUCAGGGUGGAAAGAUAAACACUAAUGAUAUUUGCUGCAUGUUCUCUGCAACAGAAGUGGAGAUAUCUGAUUAUAUUUGUUUAUAAAUGCAUUUUUGACAGCUAAUGUAUUCAGUCUUUUCUGGCCUCCAGAGAAAUGUAUUCAUGAUUAGUCAACAUUACACUGCCAGGUGGUAUUCCGUGCGAAGGGGGAAGAUACAUUGAGCUUAAGAAAAAUUUUAAACUAUAUUCUUGAAUUAGCCAAAUAUGACCUGAAUUAUCAUCUCCGUGAUCGUGCACGUUUAAUAAUGAAACUCCUCCCUGGCACUGACAUGGAUGAAGGAAAACACCAACCAGAAAAAGCAACCCCAUUGCAUUUUCUUGCUGAACGCUUAUUUGUGGGACAACUAAAAUCACCAGCUAGAGAACCCUUAAGUUAUCAGUUUUAUCUUCCUGGAUCUCUCUCCCAUAUGGUUCUUCAUGCAGCUCCCGGAUAUGAACCUCUUCCACAACCUCAUAGUUUGAUGUACGCUGAUACCAAUAAUUUCUCUGAAGGGUUACAAGAAAUGGAGAACCAAGAGGAUGGAGUGUCCCACAGCGAUUCCUAUGAAGAAGAUGAUCCUUAUUCUGUAUCUGGAUCAUUGAAUGAUGAAAGUGUAUCAGGUUACAGUUCUCAGGAUUCUCCAACUAGUGCAAGUGGCAGUGGGGCAAGUGCAUUUAGUGAUCCCAAUGAAAAUUUGGGUCCAUUGAUUAACCUUUCUGAUUUAGACAAUGGCCAUAGAAAUGAAAUAGGCGACUCAAGAAAGAGUGAAGCUUAUUUUAGUUCCAAUGAAGUUAAUGAACUGUUGUCUAAUAGUGCUCUAGAAUCAUGGUUGAAUGACAAUCCCGCUUCUGGCCAGGAUUCAUCAGACACAAGUUAUGUCCGCCGAUCAUUUGCAAGAAUUUCGAUUGGAGAUAUAGGUAGCAGAGUCAAACCUAAAUCGCAUACUUUACUAGACCCUGCUAAUGGAAGCGGCUUGAGUGUUGAAUAUAUCUUUUCAGCUGAGGUUUCAAGCACACCUCAAACUCUCGUCUGUGUUGAGGUUAGCUUCAAGAACUGUUCAACAGAGCCUAUGUCAAACUUGUUGAUGGUAGUCGAAGAGGGGUCCAAUGAAACCACAGAAACUGCAGUUCAAACAGUUAUAUCUAGUUCCUUAGAUGAUAAUAAGGUGCCCUCUCUAGCUCUUAUGGAUGAGAUUGCUAUCCUGGAGCCUGGUCAGACGGCAAAGAAAAUUCUCCAGAUUCAUUUCCACCAUCAUCUGUUGCCUCUUAAGCUCAUUUUAUGGUGCGAUGGCAAGAAGCAUAUUGUGAAGUUGAGACCUAACAUUGGAUAUUUUGUAAGACCUCUUCCAAUGGACAUUGAACUAUUCUUGAGCAAGGAAUCUCAGCUGCCCGGGAUGUUUGAAUAUGCAAGGAGGUGUUCAUUCACUGAUCACAUCGAAGAGCUUGAACAAAAUGCUGGUCCAGCCAUGAAAGACAACUUCAUUGUAAUAAGUGAGGCUUUGGCUUUGAAGGUUCUCAGUAAUGCAAACCUUUUACUUGUAUCCGUGGACAUGCCUGUCGGGACCAAUCUUGAUGAUGCAUCGGGGUUAAGGUUAAGAUUUAGUGGUGAGAUACUAAGCAACUCCUUCCCCUGCUUGCUUACUAUGACCGUUGAUGAAGGUAAAUGCUCUGAGCCACUGACUAUGUCAGUAAAAGUCAAUUGUGAGGAAACUGUAUUUGGCCUGAAUUUGUUGAAUCGGGUUGUGAAUUUUUUGGCUCAUCCUGCUAGAUGUUGAAACCUAGUUGCAAUGUAUCUUGGGAACACUCUUCGCAAAAAUGAUUCUUUAACAAUGAUCAUUGGAUAUAGGCUUGUCACUGUUCUGUACAUCUGUGUUUGAAUGGCUCAAGAGUAUGCAUUUAUGUUUUGUCAUAUCUUUGAAAAAAUUAUGAUCUUUGAAUGGAUCUGCAUUUCUGAGACUGCCCCCAAGCAAUCUAAUAUAAUACUUUGUUUCAU